UCCUUCCCCAAAGAUGGCGGCAUCCGCGAAGUUGGCACACCGUGUCCGCAGGCGUGGGGCCCACCUGAAACUCUGCAGUCGUAGGCCUGGCGGGAAGGGAUCUCUGAAGCGGCUCAAGCUGGCCGUGGAGGGGUUCGUACAGGCCACCUCCGAGGGCCAGCCUCCCGGGGGCUUUGAGGGGCGCGGCGCAGCGGUGCGUUCCAGGCCUCUUGGAAAGAAGAGCCGAAAGGAGCUGCGAAGGGAGAAACGGCAGCUGCGGAAGGCGCGCCGCCUGCAGCGGGCGAGGGGGACCGGGGCCGAUCAGCGAGGAGGACAGCGCCAGCCCUCCUGUCAGGGCCCAAGAGGCCGAGGCCGCCCAGUACCACAACAAAGUCGAAGUCAAGGGUCCUCUGCCCCAGCGCCCUCGGCCCACAGUAAGGCCAAGGCUACCCGGACUAAAGGUCCCUCUCUCAAGGCCGAGGCUCGCCCAGGGAAGACCGAACCGUCGGUCACCUCCUUUGCCCGGAAGCGGGCUCUGCUAGCGGCCAACGAGGAGGAGGACCGCGAGAUCCGGAAGCUGGAGCGCUGCCUUGGCCUGAACAAGCGCAAAAAAAAGGGCAACGGCAGCUCCGUGCCGUUGAGCUUCACGCGCGACGGGCUGGACUACAUCUUGGGGGUCCUGGAGCCCGGGACUGGCGGCAGCGGUCUGUACGUGAGCAGCGGUGAGGAGUACGAAGAGGGAGAGGAGAGCGGUGAAGCCGAAAUACCUCCGGAUAGCGACGGCGACUCCGAGUGCGAGGAGAACUCGAAGGGGAAAGCGCAUCCCACAGAGGAUGAGGUCGAAAAUGUGGAGGAGGACUCGGAUGAGGGUGUGGACCCAGAACUCAGUGAAGAAGUGGAAGGCAGGGCGCGGAAGAGGACAGGGAGGAAGAGGGUCCGUUUUGCAGAAGAUGAAGAUUUGAAACAUAAGAGUUUAGAGGAUGAGGACGCAUCUCAUCAGGAGAGCCUUUGUGAAAGUAGUGAAAAGGAUGUCCAGCCUCAGGUGAGGUGUGCCCAGGAGACGGUCAAUGUCCACAAGAAGGCAGAACUGGAAAGACUGAAGAAACAGGUCAAAGGCCUCAUCAACAGGCUAAGUGAGCCCAACAUGGCAUUCAUAAGUGGGCAGCUGGAGGAACUAUACAUGGCCCACAGCAGGAAGGACAUGAGCGAUACGCUGACUGCCACCCUCAUGGAUGCCUGUGUUACCUCCUCAGCCAUGCCCAGCCGGCUGAUGAUGGAGCACAUCCUCCUGGUCAGCAUUCUGCACCAAACAGUCGGAAUCGAGGUUGGCGCAUGCUUCCUGGAAGCCGUGGUGAGGAGGUUUGAUGAUGCCUAUCACAGGGGAGGCGAGGGGAAGGAGAGUGACAACCUGAUCACCAUUGUUGCCCACUUGUACAACUUCCACGUAGUCCAGUCACUCCUCAUCUUUGACGUUUUAAAGAAGCUGAUAGGAACUUUCACAGAAAAAGACAUCGAGCUGAUUCUGUUGAUGCUGAAGAACGUAGGCUUCUCAUUGAGAAAAGACGAUGCUUCGUCACUUAAGGAAUUGAUCACCGAGGCCCAGGCCAAAGCCAGCACUGCAGGCAGCAUGUUUCAGGACCGGACCAGGAUUCGGUUUAUGCUGGAGAUAAUGCUGGCAUUAAAGAACAAUGACAUGCGCAAGAUCCCAGGCUAUGACCCAGAGCCAGUGGAGAGGCUGAGGAAGCUGCAGAGGGCACUGGUGCGCAAUGCCAGCUCUGGCUCUGAGACUCAGCUCCGCAUCUCCUGGGAGGGCAUCCUGAAUGCUGAGCAGACCGGUCGUUGGUGGAUCAUGGGGUCCGCAUGGAGUGGGGUCCCGAUGAUUGACAACAGUCAUCAUGCAGCCCCACAGAGGCCACUUGCGGGAACGGUGAGUGCAAAGAUUCUGGAGCUUGCCCGGAAGCAGAGAAUGAACACAGACGUUAGGAGGAACAUAUUCUGCACAGUGAUGACCAGUGAGGAUUUUCUGGAUGCCUUUGAAAAACUGCUCAAGCUCGGACUAAAGGACCAGCAGGAACGAGAGAUCAUCCACGUGCUCAUGGACUGCUGCCUACAGGAGAAAACCUACAACCCUUUCUAUGCCUUCUUGGCCAGCAAGUUCUGCGGAUAUGAGAGGCGAUUCCAGAUGACUUUCCAAUUCAGCAUUUGGGACAAAUUUCGGGACUUAGAAAAUUUGCCAGCCACCAAUUUCUUGAAUUUGGUUCACUUGGUGGCACACUUACUGAAGACAAAGUCUCUUCCACUUUCCAUUUUAAAGGUGGUUGAAUUCAGUGAAUUGGACAAACCCAGAGUCCACUUUUUACGAAAAGUGUUAACUAUGCUGCUAAUGGAAACAGAAGUUGAAGACUUGAGUCUAAUUUUUUCAAGGGUGUCUGACAACCCAAAGCUGAGUGUGCUGCGGGAGGGCCUGAAGCUCUUCAUCAGCCACUUCCUACUGAGGCACGUGCAGGCCCAGCGGAGUCCCGAGGAGGCUAACGUGCUGAGAGAGAGGGCCGGGCUCGCCAGCAAGGCCCUGCAGGGCAGGGCUGCACUUCGGAUGUAAUGGGAAGCCAGGAGUGUGGUGAAGUUAUGUUGUGGUCCAUGGCCUUAGGUAUCAUUGUUGAGGUCACUUUUUGAUCCAAGGUUGGUUUGUAUUUCGGUCAUAUUCAGAUAGCUAAGUGCAUUGAUUGGGGGGUGGGGGCAGGGACCAGGCAGGUUUCUCUCAUAGCAAGACUUGAUAGGUAAUCUUAAUUUAUUUUUAUAUUUGGUAGUACUAGAGAUUGAACCUUUCUUUUUU